CCCAAAGGUGGCUCAAAGAGAGCAGCGACCUCGUGGAUAUCUGAGUCUUCACCAGCACAUCGAGAGAGACGGAGAGAGAAGCAGCUGACAGGACGACUCAGGAGAAAGCAAAGAUGCAGUGGAUUCAGUUCGUGCUGAUUCUGAUGGGUCAGUGUUCCUUCUUCACAUGUGACCUCUAUGAGUACCACUUCAUUCAAGAGGGAAAGACCUGGGAUGAAGCCCAGAGUUAUUGCAGAGAGCAUUUCACUGACCUGGCCACAGUGUCUGACAUGAGAGACGUGGAGAGACUGACUAACUCUUCACAGACUACAGGCGCCUGGAUUGGACUGAGGAGCAUCAAUGAAGGAGAUAUUAAAGUGUGGCACUGGUCUCUGCCGGGGGAGAAGUACAAUCCUACAGAAUGUGAUCCAGAAUGUGGACCUGAAUGGGAUACAGAUGAGCCGAACAAUGCAGGUGUCGAUCCUCAGAACUGUGUGAUGAUUACACACUCAAAAAAAUGGAGCGAUGUCUUUUGUUGUAAAAAACUCAAGUUUAUCUGCUACAAUGAAACAGGGGAACUGAAAUACUUUUUAAUUGAUGAACCAAAGAACUGGCUUCAGGCUCAGAGCUACUGCAGAGAAAAUCACACUGACCUGGUCAGUGGAAUCACACACAUCAGAUCAGAUGGAUUCAAGGAACGGGUUGAUGAAUUCAAGGAACGGGUCAAAGGAUUAAACGAUGAGGAUAUUAAUAAGUUCCUGUGGAUCGGCCUGUUCAGAGAGAUCUGGAGCUGGUCAGAUGGGAAGAAUUUCUCUUUCAGACACUGGGAUCCGGACUCAUUUGAAGAUGUAGCCUCAAAGACUUGUGCUAUGACUACGUCCAAUGGAAAGUGGAGCUCCGACAUCUGCACAGAUCAAAAACCCUUCUUCUGCUAUGACGACAAAGUGAUCCUGAUCAAUGAGAGUAAGACUUGGGAUGAGGCCCUGACUUACUGCAGAGAGAACCACCGUGACCUGGUCUCCAUCACUGACAGUCACCAGCAGAGAUGGGUCCAAGAGGGAGCCAAGAUGGCCGACACUGAGUUCGUCUGGCUGGGAAUGCGCUACACUUGCACUCUGGAUCUGUGGUUCUGGGUCAGUAAUCGUCUGGUCUGCUAUCACAACUGGGCCCAAAAAGACAAGAUUGAGGGUUUGUGACAGGGCUACAGCCAUGAAGAGAGAUGGAGAGUGGUAUGAAAGGAGAGAAGGGGACUUUCUUAAUUUUAUCUGCGCCUUAUAGUAGCCUACAUUUGUAAACCCACCGGUGUAUUUAUAUAAGCUUACUCUACACUGACUGUUCUCUGGGGUUUUUUAAUGGCACAAUUACAUGUAAAUAAAUCACAACCUGAAGAUGGUAGAACAUCAUUUAUGAAGGUAUCACUUAAUGCAGAUUAGUCAUUGAGAAAUUCCCGGGGACAUCAUUUAUUUUCAGUUGCUUCCUUUAUAAUAGCCAGGGAGAGAUAACUACAGACAGCAUUGGUGCUCAUUGUUUAUUCAAUAUAGAAUAUUGCCAUAUUUUUCUUUUAAAGUGUGGGAUUUGUAUGCAUUUCUUAAGGUAUUUGUU